UCCAUUUUAGAGUAAGGCUGUAACGUAACAAAAUGUGUAAAAAGUCAAGGGGUCUGAAUACUUUCUGAAAGGCACUGUAUGUUCUUAUUGUUUGUAUAAUGUAUUUUACAAGUGUUAAGAUGUGUAUUCUGUCAAUUAUUUUACACAAUGAUUAUUCCCUAUUGGAAUUGGGCCUUUAGGUAUCCUCUCGGAGGCCAGAUGUCACCAUAAAACAGAUCUUAGUGGAAUCUGGGCCCCUGAGCCAUAAAAUUGUCCAUGGGUGUCCUUAAGAGGUUGAUGUUUCAAAUGUAUAGCCUAUUCAACCCCAAGGUCUCAGCCUUGAUGUAAUGACAUGGAAGGGUGAAACAGUGAACAGAUAUGGCAAGAGUAUGUAGGUCAGCCCGCCUUUGGAUUUGAGAAAUAUGCUGUGAACCUCUAAGAGGAACAUGUCUGUCUUCCCAUAUGCAUAUGUCUGUCUGUCUAUCUCUUAAAUAUAGAAGUUGUCCACCUUAAAUUUUGCAUCUAGCAUUUCUCCCCACCUUGACCAGGUUUUUGAUUCUUAACAUUUCCCUCAGUCAAGUAUUGAAUAUCAAGCGCAGAUUCAACUACAAAGUCUAGGGAGCUUUUUGAAAGCCAAUGAUGGUAGAUCGGUAACAAUAACAAAUCAGACAUUGAAUAUCUCUUUUAGCAAGGUGAAGUUAAUAAUUAUGCUGUGGAUGAUGUAUUAAACCACCUAGACACAUCAAAGACACAGUUGUUCUUCUGAACUGAGCUGCAGGACAAGAAGGAAUCUGCUCAGGGGUGUCACCAUGAGGCCAUUGCGGAUUUUAAAACAUAAUCAGAGUUCAAUGGCUGUGAUGGGACAAAACUGAGGAUGGAUCAACAACAUUGUAAUGACUCCACAAUAAUGACCUAAAUCACAAAGUGAAAAGAAUAUAAAUAUACAAAAUAUGCAUAAAGUAACACUACAAAAAAAAACACGACAAAUGAAUACACUUUUUGGCCUAAAUGCAAAGCCUUAUGUUUGGAGCAAGUCCAACACAACAACACAUCCAUCACUGAGUAACUGCUUCCUUAUUUUCAAGCAUGGUUGUGGCUGCAUCAUGGUAUGGGUAUGCUUGACAUAUACAAAAACAGUGGAGUUUUUCCAGGAUGAAAAUAAACAAGAUGGAGCUAAGCACAGGCAAAAUCUUAGAGGAAAACCAGUUUCAGUCUUCUUUACACCAGGCACUGGGAGAGGAAUUCAGUUUUCAGCAGGACAAUAACCUACAAGACAAGGCCAAAUCUACACUGGAGUUGCUUACCAAGAAGACAAUGAAUGUUCCUGAGUGGCCAAGUUACAGUUUGACUUCAAUCUGCUUGAAAAUCUAUAGCAAGACUUGAAAUGUGAAGAUUUUUGAAAAUAAUAAAAAUUGGCAAAUAUUGCACAAUCCAGGUGUGGAAAGCUCUUAGAGACUUACCCAAGACACAGCUGUAGGGUGAGUACUUAUCAAAUCAAGAUAUAUUAGUGUUAUAUUUUACAUGAAUCUCAAUGGAAAUCUUUGACAAAGUAUUUUGUGUAGAUCGUAGACAAAAAAAAAGACAAUUAACUAAAUUUUAAUCCCACUUUGUAACACAAUAAAACGUGAAGAAAUCCAAGGUGGUGAAUACUUAUGAUAGACUCUAGAUAAAUGAAAUACUUUUUCAACACGUUUGAUUUUCUUAGGACUACAAUAAAGUUUAAUACCGGAGAGAAUGUGUUUGUAUGUUGAUACAAAAUAUUUUGUUGGUGUACUCUUUCUUGUGGAACAGGACCUGAAAAGGCAUGAUCGUCAUGAUUUCAACCUUUCUGAAUAAAAGUCUUGAUGCUAAACAGCAAACAUGAUUGUUGAAAAGAGUACUUUUCAGUAACAUGCGACAAAACCAAAAUGCCAAUUUGGAUACUGUGGCUCCAGACCUGUUUGACCUCAACGAGGGAUUGACGCUGCUAAAAAAGUAACACUGUGUUUAAAGUUUUGGGCUAUUUCUUAUCUCACUUAUUGAUUAGAACAAUUAGACUAUGAGCUCUCCUAUUUCAAAAUGUCCCAAUUCAAAACAGUUUCUGCAAGCUGAUUAUAGUGUUUUACAUUUCAAUGAGCUUACUCUUGCGGCUUCACGGGGACAGUUGGAGACAGGAAAACUCUGUUUGCCGUCACCCAGAGUGGAAGGUUUGACAGUAUCUACAAGGAGAGGAUGAAAUGUUUCCCUCUGGAGUUUCUUAGGGAUGUAUGAACUGUGAAUUGUAACAGGCAUACGGUUGAUAAGUGUUACAAACAUUUUGACAGGCCUACUGUUGAUCGCCAGCUUGUCUCAUAAGACUUGCUAUGUACAGAAUGUCCUGAUAUAGCUUGUCCAUGAGUGAAGAAAGUGCUUGAACCCAAAAGUAAUUUUGGGUCAACCAUUUAGUUAAGCAACAGAAAUAACUUUGUGUGAACUUAUAAUUAGUGUCUAUCCAAAGCUCCUAGAGUGAAACAAAUUGAUUAGCUACAGCACUGAGCGAAUGUUUUAUUUCUGUACUAAUUAGAGACGUGCUGUGUAUAUGUAAUGUAGGCUAUUAUAUGAGACAUACUAAUAAAGUGUCCUAAACCCAUUAGGUAUCUUAGCAAAUACCAUAGACAUAAUAAUAAUAACAUAUUCUGUUUCCAUUACUCAUUAUAUUUGUUAUGGUCAUUAGUCAUCCUUUGAAAAAAAUGAUUUGACGUCACUAAACCAAUCACGUGUCAGAUUGGACUGAUUAUAGAAUAAGAAAACCCCAAACAUUACCAACAACAGUGGACCCCUUGUUUAGGAAUGUGCUUUUGUAACCCUUCUAUUUCCAAAUGUAUUAAUAAGCCGAUGCUGAAACAUAAUCGUGUAAUAAAGAGCUUUUCUCCGCCAAAACCCCUUCCUUCUUGUAACAUUGUGCACUACACCAGAUAGGAAAGUGGUGCCUGCUUGGUGGUACAGUUUGUGUCAAUGCCAGACUCAGUGUUUGCUAUUAUUUCUGUUAGUGUUUGCUAGUAUUUAUAUUAUAGAGAUAGAUUGAUACUAUCUUAGUGUAUCAUGAUUGCAAAAGUGAGAAUGGUUUACCAUAUCACAGCUUUCAGCUGGUAUGCCUUUAUCAUUAAGUCCAUGGCUGCUAAGGAUGGAGAGAAGUUACCACCUGGGAUCUUUGAGUAUGGUGGACCCUGGAAGUACCUUACUUUCCUCAACCUGUUAUUGCAGAUGGUGUUCUUUGGGAUGGCCGUGGUGAAUGAUCUUCAGACUGGGAAAAACACAGUCAAGGGUCUUAACAAGUGGAAAGACCUCAUCUUCUCUGUCCUUGCCUUCCCUGUAGGCAUGUUUGUGGUGCUGCUUUUCUGGGUGAUCUUUGCCUAUGACAGGCAGCUUGUCUAUCCAGAAUCUUUAGAUGCCUUCUUUCCUCUCUGGAUGAAUCAUGCUAUGCACACCGUUGUUAUGCCUGUCUUACUUGGGGAGAUCCUGCUUCAACAUCAUGUGUACCCAAAGACUAAAAACGGCUUAGCUGCCUUAGGAGUUGUGGGCCUGGCUUACUUGGGCUGGGUGAUAUUUAUCUACUUGGCGGUAGGUCUUUGGGUGUAUCCUCUCCUCGGGCUCCUUAGCACCUCGGGUGUGUUGGGGUUAUUCCUCUUAAACAUGACAGUGGUGGCAAUGAUGUAUCUGCUAGGACGGACCCUAAACAACUGUGUCUGGGGAAAAGGCAAGACGGUGACUAAAACUAAAUGAAACUCUGCUCAUUUUCCUCUUUGAAUCCAUUGGGGCCUGAUACAUUGUUGUCAAACAGAUUUCGCCAACAUGCCUCAAGAAAUACUGUAUGUGUAUGAAUAGAAAUUGCACACAGGGUCUUAUGUCACAUGUACUGUCCUCUGACAACAUAGUUUCUAACAGACAUGCUGUUGUUUUUCUUUUUUCAAUAAAUGUUAUCAGCAUCACAAUUACAAAAUAUAACUCACAGUUGAAAAAAUUGAAAUCCCAGGUAGGCCUACAUCAGGUUGAUUGGUUAUGUCCUUUUCUACCAGGAAGUUAUCACAACAUUCUCAAAACAAUCGUUCUCUACUUACCAAAAUUCUCUAACUACAACUUGACCAAAGGAGAAUAUGAGAGUAAACAAAGGGGUGAUAAAAUAUCUCACCAAUUGUUAUAACUUUUUCUCUUGAGAUUGGAAUAUCGUUGUGUUUUCAUAACGUGUGGAAAUCAUGAAACAGUAUGUGAGCUAUUAAAGUCUCAAAACCAUGGUUGUGUGUACUUUUACCACAACAGGAAAUUGGAUGUUUGCUUUUAUGACCAAACAUGUAAUUAAAAGCAUGAUGUAAAUAUGAUGUAAGUCAUGUUCCUUUUGGAGGUAUAAUUUCAUUAUUCAAUCAUUAACAAAUAAAAUAAAAGGGCAGCAAAUCACUGCAAUGACAAAUGUGGG